UCCUGCUCGGCUCAUUGUAUUCUAAGUGAUGGAAUCAACGCCUUCAACUACUGUGGAUUUCAUCAAUUUCAGGUCAAUUCUUCGCGUUUCCAUUAUUUAAUAAGCCGCCCUCCCUCCCUCCCUCCGUGGGUCGUGUCAUCCUGUGGGGGUUGCCCCUGAGCAGAUGUUGACUGCUAACUAACGCGGAUCAAAGCUAAAGUUCUUCCAGCCCCGCACAUGGGUGGCUGCUUGAUUGAGGCUGAGAGGACUGUAUGGGCACGUAGAGAGGGUAUUCAACCUGAGAAACACACCUGGAUUGCCCAGCCAUUUGAGAUGUGCUUAAUCUGGAACUCCCAGUAACCAACUCCUCACUUUUCUCUUUUUUUUUAGGACCAAACUGUAUAUGUGUAUAUAUUUUUUUGGUAUAUAUUUGCUCUAUUAUUAAUCCUCCUAGUGACCUUUUCCUUUGAGCGUUAAAUCUGUAAAUUAGUAAGAAUGGUUGCAGACGGAGACGCAAUGUCAGUGGACAGCGGUGUGAGGCUAAAACAGGAGAUUUCCCUCCUCCAUGGUGUCUGCCUCAUCGUGGGAAAUAUGAUUGGCUCUGGAAUCUUUGUCUCCCCCAAGGGGGUUCUUAUGUAUACAGGCUCUUUCGGCUUGUCUUUGGUGGUCUGGGCCAUCGGAGGGAUCUUUUCCGUGUUUGGAGCAUUAUGCUACGCCGAGCUUGGUACCACCAUUCGCAAAUCAGGAGCUUCUUACGCCUACAUUCUGGAAGCGUUUGGCGGCUUCCUGGCUUUUAUUCGACUCUGGACGUCCCUGAUGAUAGUAGAACCAGCCUGUCAGGCGGUGAUAGCCUUGACCUUUUCAAACUAUAUGGUCCAGCCCUUCUACCCCACCUGCUCUGCCCCCUAUCACGCCGUCCGCCUCUUUGCAGCAGCCAUAAUAUGUUUACUGACUGCUGUCAACUGCAUGAAAGUAAAAUGGGGAGCAAUUCUUCAGGUCGUCUCUACAGUAGCAAAGGUCCUAGCUCUCAUCGUCAUCAUCAUUGCUGGAUUGGUUAAACUGGCUCAAGGUUUUGAUCAGAACUUUGAGGACUCAUUCAAAGGCUCCAAGUGGGACCCGGGCGAUAUGGCCUUGGCUCUCUAUUCAGCUCUCUACUCCUACUCUGGCUGGGACACGCUCAACUUCAUCACAGAGGAGAUCCAGAACCCAGAGAGGAACCUGCCUUUGUCCAUUGCCAUUUCCAUGCCCAUCGUCACAAUAAUCUACAUUUUAACCAACGUAGCUUACUAUGUGGUCAUGAAUGCAGACACGGUGCUCAACAGUGAAGCUGUUGCUGUGACGUUUGCAGAUGAAGUCCUGGGAUGGGCUCGGUGGCUCAUUCCCAUUUCUGUGGCCAUUUCUUGCUACGGAGGCCUCAACUCCUCCAUCAUUGCUGCAUCUAGGUUGUUUUUUGUUGGCUCCAGAGAAGGCCACCUGCCUAACAUCCUGUGCAUGAUCCACAUAAAACGUUACACCCCGAUUCCAGCCCUGCUGUUCAAUGGUGCCAUGUCCUUAGUUUACCUCUCCGUUCCUGAUGUGUUCCGGUUGAUCAACUACUUUAGUUUUAAUUACUGGCUGUUCAUCGGCAUGUCUAUAGCCAGUCAGAUCUACCUUCGCUUCAAAGCUCCAGAUUUACCGCGUCCUGUCAAGCUGUCCCUGUUCUUCCCGAUAGUCUACUGCUUGUGCAGCAUCUUUUUGGUGGUGGUGCCGCUCUACAGUGACACCAUCAACUCUCUUGUUGGGAUUGCUGUUGCUCUCUCUGGAGCUCCAGUCUACUUCAUUUGUGUUCAUCUACCUCCCACGUCUAGACCGGCCUUCCUUGGAAAAAUGCUCGAUAAGAUCUCUCUGUUUACCCAGAAACUGUGCUUCUGCUGCGUGGCCUCGCCGGAUAUUGAUCUGGACAACAUAGACCCAGAAAAGAUUGAAUGAUGCUGUGACCAAGAACCCUGAUACGAAGCACUGUUUGAAGAAUGAGUGAAUGAAUGGAUGAAUGGACCUAUGAAGGAAAUGGUUACAAAUCACCAGGGAUACAACUAAAAGGAAAAAAAAGAUAAGGAUGGAGAGAUGACCUUUACAAACUUCCUGCCCAUCUCUUCUCCUGAUCAGAAAAGCAGCAGCAGGACGUUUCACACCUGUCCCAGUUUACAGCGUUUUAAAGAAGUAUGUAAAUGGCAGCAGCAGUGAGUGCAGAAACUCACCAGCACUCCUCAGAUCUUAAACAGUUUUGCACACAAAUGUUUUUUGUUCCUGAACACAAGCACCGACUGCAGAUAUUUAGAGAUAAUAUGAAUUUUUCAUGAGCUUAGCUAAAGUGAGGUACGUCAUGAUGUUUUUCUUGUAUAACGUGACGUUUCAUCUUUUUGUUUUGAAGACGAGCAGCCACCCAUCAGGAAUUUAAGUGUCAGCCAUAUUUUUGUUAAAGUUGUGCCUUAUUUUUAUCCUUUUGUCUAUUUUUUCCCACCCAUGUCACUGAUUAUUUCAGGAUUUUAUUCUCAUUAUGAAGCUUGAAGGCAGACCUCUGGAUCGGCCGAUCAGUUUCUGCCGGUUUUGUAGGAUAUUUAAUGUUGCAGAUUUUCACUGUAAAGCCAGUAGAACCAUGUUUGGACCAACUCUGGUGUUAUGCAGCUGUGUGGUGUUUGAACUGUGUGUAGAAACAUGGUGCUUCUGAACUCUGUGCCUUCUCAGUGUGGUGAAAUAUUCCAGCUUGCUGUUGUAACGUCCUGAGCACAAUCAUAGAAAUGUUGCUGUAAUGUAACCAGCUGUUCCCCUUGUCUAGAGCAGAUGCUGCACCUCCUGAAAUCAAUAAGUUGUAUUUACAUCAGCACUUUCCACAAUGGGGAAUGUCCAACACAUAUAAAGCUUGUGUGCUCAGUUGCUUUCUCUGGGAUUCCAGUCGUCAUUGAAACCAAACUAUAGUAGUUUUGUUUUAAAGAAUAUAUUAUGGUAUCAUAUAAAAUCAAAUUAGACAGAUAUCAGCUUAUAUUUAACUAUAGGAAGUGAGUGUUGCAAUAUUGCUGUUUAGUUGGGAACCAGAUGUUUGUUUGAAAAUUGUUGUUCUAUUAGAGGAAAUGUUGGGUUCUUGUUUUUACCUUUCUGUUGACAUAGGCAAGCCAAAAGAUGAAAGUGGUUUAAAUGUAUGUCAUGUUUCACCAAAAAGGAGAUCUUUUCUGUGUUUUAUCCAAAUAAAGUACAAAAUGUGCAUUGUAAA